AUGUCUACCACAAUGGACAAGAUCAAGGAGGUAGAGUCCGAGAUGGCUCGAACUCAGAAGAACAAGAACACCUCAUAUCACUUGGGUCAAUUGAAGGCUAAGCUUGCUAAGCUCAAGCGAGAGCUUCUGACACCCACUGGUGGAGGUGGUGGCGGUGGUGCCGGUUUCGAUGUCGCACGUACCGGUGUUGCUAGUGUUGGCUUCAUUGGCUUUCCUUCCGUUGGAAAGAGUACAUUGAUGAGCAGACUCACUGGCCAGCACUCCGAAGCUGCCGCUUACGAAUUCACGACCCUUACGACUGUGCCUGGACAGGUUAUGUACAACGGUGCCAAAAUUCAGAUUCUCGAUCUUCCCGGUAUUAUUCAGGGUGCCAAGGACGGCAAGGGUCGUGGUCGUCAGGUUAUUGCUGUUGCGAAGACUUGCCAUUUGAUCUUCAUUGUUCUCGACGUGAACAAGCCUUUGGUCGACAAGCGAGUUAUCGAGAACGAAUUGGAGGGCUUCGGUAUUCGUAUCAACAAGUCACCCCCGAACAUCAACUUCAAGAAGAAGGACAAGGGUGGUAUCGCCAUUACUAGCACUGUGCCUUUGACCAACAUCACUCCAGAUGAAAUCAAAGCUGUCAUGAGCGAGUACAAGAUUACCUCCGCUGAUAUCGCUAUUCGAUGCGACGCGACCAUUGACGAUUUGAUUGAUGUUCUCGAGGCUCGCAGCCGAAGCUACAUUCCCGUGGUCUAUGCGCUCAACAAGAUCGAUGCCAUCUCCAUCGAGGAGCUGGAUCUUCUUUACCGAAUCCCUAACGCCGUGCCCAUCAGUUCUGAACACGGCUGGAACGUCGACGAGCUGUUGGAGAUGAUGUGGGAGAAGCUUAACCUGCGACGAAUCUACACCAAGCCUAAGGGCAGAGCGCCUGACUACACAGCACCUGUGGUUCUUCGUUCCUCAGGAUGCACAGUGGAAGACUUCUGUAAUGCCAUUCAUCGUACGAUCAAGGAUCAAUUCAAGCAUGCCAUUGUGUAUGGCCGUUCCGUGAAGCAUCAACCCCAGCGUGUUGGUCUUGCCCACGAGCUGGCUGACGAAGAUAUUGUUUCCAUUGUUAAGCGGUAA